AUGGACGAGCGGGUCAAGCUGUUCAUGGAGGUGACCAAUUUGUUGGACGAGGAGGAGGCAGAGUCCAUUUUGAAAAAGUGUCAGGGAAAUCUGGAGGAAGCGAUAUCGACGUACUUGAGGAAGGUUGACUUUGAGUCACUGGACGAGGACCCCCCCGGAAAUGGAUCCAUGAGAAACCGCGGGAAGAGCCGCUUCCCAACCAGCGAAGGGACGAACCAACCAACGGAGAGAAAAGAAAUGUGUCAAAGGAACGAAGAAAAAAUCGAGAGAGCCAAUUUGUAUUAUCUGUUGAACCAAAUCGGAUCGUUAAUAUGCCCCAUUGUAAAGAGUGUGUACAGUCUACUAACCGCUUGCCUCAAAUUGGUCAGCACGUAUAUCGUUAGUUCUCCAGAAAGGGAUACCUUUACAGCAUACUACGAGGAGAGGUUCGGAAAGAGACAUGUGAAUUUCUUUAAAGGGAGUCUAAGUGAAGCCAUCAAGGUUUCCAAGCAGGAGGAGAAGUUAUUGCUUGUAUAUCUGCAUAUUGAAAAUAACGAUAGCACCUAUUUUUGUGAAUCCAUUUUUAAGAAUGAGGAAAUUAAAUCCUUGUUCGACAACUCCUGUGUUUUUUUUGCUCUGGACAUUACCAUGGGGGACAUAAGGGAGUUGAGCAACGUAUUGAACGUUAUUAUGUUACCCCAGAUUAGCAUCAUCCUGACGAGUUAUGUCAAGGAGUAUGAAGAGCUGUCCAUUAUUUAUGGCACCCCGUCAGCUAGCCAUAUUUUGAAUUCAGUAACUCACUGUAUUGAGCAAAUGAAUACGAAGAAGGCAAACAAAGAUAAAAUAAAAAAUAAAACGUAUACCGAUCGACUGAUUCGAGAGGAACAGGACAGGGAAUACCAGGAGGCUCUGAGGAAAGACCAACUUAAGGUCCAGGAAAGGAAGAAAAAGGAAGAGGAGAGGAUAAGAAAGAUGCAUAUAAAAAAAGAUAUUAAAAGUAAGCGAAGGGAGAAGGCAAAUAAAUUUCCUUUGCCAAUUAGGGACGAUGAGAAGGUCACCAAAAUAUGCAUUAGGUUGCCGAACGGGGUGAAAAUUCAGGACUCGUUCAGCCUGAAUCACACACUAGAGGAUGUGUACGAGUGGGCCGAGUGCUCCGAGUUCUUGGGACAGGACUCCGGGAGUGGAAAGGGAGAGAUCAUUAUUCCUUUCAAGUUUGAGUUGAUAUGCGGCCACACCAAGACCGUGCUGCAGCGCGCGCGCAACGCGCUUGGGGAGUUCGACCUCUACCCCAACGCAGUGCUCAACAUGAAGUCGCUGGACUCGUCCGACGAGGACGAUAAGACUUACAGCCACUACGUUAUGAUGAGUAAGCACACCACAGAUUUUUGCACCUUCAAGGCUGCUCUUCCUCACAUGCACAUGUGCGUGGGGAGCUGA